CCGCGCACACCCGUAAAUAUCCGGCCACCGUCGUUCCUUCCUGCUUUCAACCAAGAAGCGCAAUCAGUCCGAACGGCCAUGGGGAUGGCUGACUUAUCGGAAAAGUAGCAUGGUCAGCUCGUUAGCCACCCCUUAACACGACCCGAAGUUGGCCUCGUCAUCGUCUUCGUCUUCGCCGUCUGGCGAACAGCGACUGCAUCAAGACGACGCGUCCACCCGGCCCCUCACCGCCGUCUUCUCACCCUUCUCUGUGAUUCUCUAGUUUUCUGUUAGACGCAGAACUCGUCAGCCAUGGGUUUGCCGGUCGUCAUCCACCGGCGAACAUCCCCCCAAAACCCUAAAUCCAACAACAGGAAACGGCAUUGACUCAGCAUGGAAUGGCUGGCGAUGGUGGUUCAGAUGUUCCGGAACUGUUUUUUCGGCCGCCCCCAGGAUUACUAACCCCUGCUGCGAGGAUGUCCUUGGCAAAGACCCCGACCCGGCUUGCCGCCGCUUGAGUUUCGACUGAGACCGCCGGCUCUCGGCAUGCUACCCCGUCUCGUGGGCCACGUCUACGCAACGCUCAGCUUAGCACACAUUUGUGAAUCCAAGCUCCUUCAGUCCAAGGAGUCGGUCGCUACGGUAAGACUCGACUUCAGUGGCCCCCUGGCCCGCAUCAAUCUGUGAUGACCUUCCGCUUUCGAUCUCGCGCGUCGUCUGCCUGCCAUGUCAGUGCCGUAACAAUAUACUGCAGUCUGACACCCACUCGGCGCUUCAUCAAGCCGCAUUUCUGGGGCCAAUGGCGCGGCCCGACAAACAGAAUUGCGGCUUACGUCUGCGCCUUCGACCCCGUGCCGCGACGCGACGGCUUUGCAGCCAUGCUGCUCCGCAUACCAAGCUUUCAAUGACCACUUGCUGACGGCUAGGCAUCCAGCCAGCACCUUAACCCUGCACAGGUUGCGUACAAGCUUUUUGUUUCCAUACUAGAGACUCCUUGCAACAUGAUGUGAGUCAAAAGGCAUCAUCAGCGUCGACGCGAGACGUAAGCUUAAUGUCGUGUCAUGACAUUCGAAUAUGCCAGCAUAUAAUAGACAUUAGCCUUUGGUUCGCAAGCCACUCCCGCCCCAAGUCAUUCACUACGUUUUCCAUACACGAACUUCGCUGAGCCACAACUGCAACUCUUGAGGGCAGCCAAUACGAGUUUGCCGACUGUCUCGUGACACUGAGUUUUCACUACGUUGGACCCCGACCCCCCGACUUUCCGGGUCGUGUACUCUCGACGCAAAGAGGCACUUGAAUAAUGAGCUCAAGGUGCCUCAACGACGACUCGCUCGGACCCGGCGUCCAGGGAUGUCGUGGCAACUUCGACUUCACCCUCCGAUUUGAGAGGAUCUUCUUAGCCAUCAUUCCUGCGGCGGUCUUUGCUGCUCUCUCGCUACCCCGCAUCGCUUUCCUCUCCCGAAAACCACGAAUCGUCGGCGCCCCAACCGUGCAGACAAUCAAGCUGGCCAUAGUCACAGUAUACGCCACGCUCCAGUUCGCGCUGCUCAUUCUCCAAACCACUUCCAAUGGCUCGCGCAUUGAUGGGUUCGCUGUGGGGGCGUCUGCCCUCAGCUUUCUCGCCGCUCUCUUCAUGAUAGGAUUGUCUUAUGCUGAGCACUCAAGGGCACUCAGACCCUCCAUGCUCUUGACGGGCUAUAUCUUCUUCCAGAUCUUGUUUGAUGCUGCCCAAACCAGAACAUCUUGGUUAAUGGCGCGAACCUUUUCGACCCAAUUAUUCGCUAGGCUCUUUACGGCCUCGCUGGCUGUCAAAAUUGUCAUCCUUUUUGUCGAGGCCCAGAGGAAGUCGAAAUGGAUUCGCUGGACCGCGGAAGAACAUAGCCCGGAGGAGACGAGCGGCCUCUUCAGCUUGGGCGUCUACUACUGGCUUAACCGUCUCUUUCUCCACGGCUACCGCAACGUGCUCACUAUCAAGGACCUGUAUGCGCUUGACCGGGGCAUGAUAGCGGAAACGAUGCAGGUCGCACUGGCUCAAGAGCUCGACAAGGGAAUCUAUCUCGGCAAGAAGCAUGGGCUCGCGAGAGCUCUCGCCAAGGCCCUCGCUGUUCCGUUGCUGCUGCCUGUAGCUCCACGAAUCGCACUCAUAGGGUUCAACUACAGCCAGCCCUUCUUCAUCCAAGCCCUGCUCCAGUAUCUACAAGAUACCGACGCGCCGAAGAAUGUGGGGUAUGGCCUGAUCGGUGCCUCCGUCAUGAUUUACACCGGCAUCGCUAUAUCCACCGCCCUCUACUACUAUUUCCAGCAGCGAGCUCUAUACAUGUCGCGAGGCUGCCUGUCGGCAAUCAUAUACAAGAAGACCACUGAAGCUUCGCUCGUAGGGGCUGGAGACGCAGCCGCGGUGACGCUAAUGAGCACUGACACGGAGCGUAUCAUCCGCGGAUUCUACAGCUUGCACGAGUUCUGGGCCAACAUCAUCGAAAUUGCGCUUGGCUGUUGGCUGCUGGAAAGCCAACUAGGAGUGGCUUUCGUUGCCCCCAUCGUCGUGAUCCUCGUGUGCACCGGCAUCACCGCCGCGGCCGCAAAGCUCACGGGCGAGCGACAAUCUCGUUGGAUGGCACAGAUCCAGAAGCGCGUGGGGCUCACCGCGAAUGUCAUCUCCAACAUGAAGUACCUACGCAUUUCCGGUAUUACGGGCCCCGUAGCCGACUUCGUGCAGAAGAUGAGGGUCGAAGAGAUGCGCAUCGGAAACCAGUUCCGUUGGCUCAUCAUCGUCACAGCGAUCGCAGCCUUGGCCCCGAAUAUCGUUUCCCCGGCAGUCACUUUUGUCUUUGCGCAGUCCCGCCUCGAUACUACAACCAUCUUCACCGCGUUUUCAUUCCUGGUCCUUCUCAACAACCCUUUAGGUCUGCUCUUCCAGUCAGUCCCGAACAUGAUUGCCGGCUUCACUUGCCUGGGGCGGAUCCAGAAGUUUCUUGAAGUGGAAUCACGCGUCGACUACCGGCAGUCUGCCCAUCCUUCGGGGUGGAAUGAUGGAAAAUCAGAGGGCAGCGCAUACAAGGACAGCAUGGAAGGGAUCCCUCUGCAACCACUCGACAAGUCCACGCUGCAAAGCUCGGAGAGCAGCCCGCCAAUCCCUGCCAUUGUCAUUGUGGACGGUAGCUUUGGCUGGACGGCAGACAAGAUGGUGCUCCAGAACAUCACGGCAUCUGUUCCGGCAUCUCAGCUGACCCUCGUUGUUGGUCCUGUGGCAUCGGGUAAGUCCACUCUUUGCAAGGCCCUGCUCGGCGAGGUUCCGUUCAGCAAUGGCCUCGUGUCAGUCCCCUCGCGCAACGCUGCCAUUGGGUACUGCGAACAGAAUCCAUUUCUCUACAAUGGCUCCAUCAAGGACAAUAUCGUCGGGUAUUCCACCUUCAACCAGGCACGAUACGACGAGAUUAUCGAAGGGUGCAUGCUUUCCACGGACCUGCUCCUUUUGCCGUACGGCGAUGACACCAAGAUUGGAAGCAAUGGUAUCAUGCUCAGCGGCGGCCAGAAGCAGCGCGUCUCUCUUGCUCGCGCUCUGUACCUCACCAGCGACCUCUUGAUUUUUGACGACAUCCUGAGUGGCCUUGACAACGAUACCGCAGCUGAAGUUUUUCGGAGGGUGUUUGGACUCGACGGCAUCAUCCGCCGGCGCAAGGCAACGGCUGUCUUGUGCACACACGCGAUCAAAUACCUUCCCCUGGCGGACCACAUCAUCGCCCUCGGAACAGAUGGUACUCUGGUCGAGGAAGGCACCUUCAGCGACCUGAUGCGGGACAAGAAAUACGUUGCCAGCCUUGGGGUUACAGCAGCAGACUCUGACACGGAUUCGGAUGCGGGCAGUCAACCGAACAGCAAAACCAGGCCGUCUUCAGGUCUAGGCUCGAGACCAAAGCGUGCCCCUGCCGUUGCCGACGAGAUGAUGGAGAAGUCGAGGCAGACUGGAGAUUUGAAGGUCUACAAGCACUAUUUUCGCAGCUUGAAUGUGACUUCGACCGUCAUCUUUGUGCUUUUCUCUGCUUCGUAUGCCAUCUGGCACAAUUUUCCGACGAUCUGGAUGAAGUAUUGGGCCGAGGACACGCUUGGCAAGAGUAGCCAGUAUUACGUCGGACUCUUCGGGUUCUUCAAAGCCCUGCAACUAAUCUCUCUCUUCAUCGCUGGCGUCGCCUUGAUCAUCUAUAUGACCACCUCCUCUGGCACUCAGCUUCACCAACAAGCCCUGCAGACCGUCAUCAACGCGCCGCUCACGUUCUUCACAACUACCGACGCAGGAGUCAUCACGAACCUAUUCUCUCAAGACAUGACGCUGAUCGAUAGCGAGCUGCCCUUGUCGCUACUGAAUACCGUCCUUGAUGGGUUCGAGUCGAUUGCCAUGGGGGCCGUCAUUGCUGUUGCAUCGCCUUACAUGGCCAUCAGCUACCCUUUCUUGAUCGCCUUCUGCUGGAUCAUCCAGAAGUUCUACCUUCGGACCUCUCGACAGUUGAGACUGCUCGACCUAGAGUCCAAGAGCCCCCUCUACACGCACUUCCUCGACACCAUCAAAGGCGUCGCAACCAUGCGCGCUUUCGGCUGGACAAGUAAAGACAUUGCAUUUAACCAGGAACUGCUCGACACCUCCCAGCGGCCGGCGUAUCUGCUCGCCAUGAUCCAGCAGUGGCUCGUCGUAACAAUGCAGCUCAUGGUCGCCGGCAUCGCUGUCAUCCUCGUUGCCCUAGCCAUCACGCUCAGGGCCAACUCGGGGUUCACCGGGGCCUCGCUGGUCACGCUCAUGUCGUGGGGCGAGAGCAUCGCCAUGCUCAUCAGGUUCUACACCCAGCUCGAGACAUCCAUCGGCGCUGUGGCGCGUAUCAAGACGUUUUCCGAAAAGGUGACGCCGGAAAACCUCGAGGGAGAGGAUAUCGAGCCGUCGGAAGAGUGGCCCGAACAUGGCCAUAUUGACAUCAAAGGAGUAUCUGCCUCGUACGGCAAUGAACAGCAAGUGUCUUCAGACGGCGAGCGGACGCCUCCAAGCCUCGCGCUUAAGGACCUUACCUUUUCUAUCCAGCCCGGUCAAAAGGUUGCCCUCUGCGGUAGAACCGGAAGCGGCAAAUCGUCCCUUAUCCUUCUUCUCCUUCGCCUUCUGGACCCCAUCUCGACCUGCUCGCAGAACAUGGAGCUGGACGGCGUCCCCUUUCACCGCAUUGACCGGUCGACCCUCCGCCGUCGCAUCAUAGCCGUGCCCCAGGACGCCGUCUUCCUACCGGAUGGCAGUACGAUCAAGUCGAACCUUGACCCCUUCGAAUCGGCGUCGGACGCCGACUGCCUCUCGGUGCUGCGGAUGGUGCAGCUCACCGGGUUCGUCGAGGAGCGUGGCGGGCUGCAUGAAGGCAUGAGCGCCGACAGCCUCAGUGCCGGGCAGAAACAGCUCUUCAGCCUGGGGCGGGCGAUCCUACGUCGGCGGGCCAAGGACGCGACGUAUAAGAGGCGCGGUGGCGGGGUGCUGCUGCUCGACGAGGUGAGCUCGAGCGUAGACCACGCGACGGACCGGUUGAUGCAAGAGAUCAUCAAGGAGGAGUUUGGCAGGUAUACGAUCGUCAUGGUGUCACACCGGCUGGACAUGGUCAUGGACUUUUUCGACUCCGUCAUCGUCAUGGACCAGGGUCGCGUUGUCGAGACGGGCAGCCCGGGCGAGCUGGUCGAGAGGGAGGGCAGCCGGUUCGGUGAGCUCUGGGUGAUUGAGAACCAAGGCAGGUCGCGGGAGACGUAGGCCUGCGUCCGUCGGAGCAAAGAGCAUUCAAGAGAUCAAUACAAAACGAAGCGAUUCUUUCAUUCAGAUGCGGGGACACCUCAUGAGUGUCCAGGCAGUUAGCGACGGUCCCGGACUGAACAGUAACACUCGGUACAAGCCGAGCUCGGUUAGAGCGAUGCGACUCCAAGUGUCAGCCGUGGUCGUCGGGUCCAGCCUUUCUGCCCUCUUCGGCAAGCGAGGUAGAUAGGCAGGCCAUCUCGACAUGACCAGCUUGCGACCUGGAGGGCUGCCCCUCCUCGGGUCUGUAUACCAAGAGAUUGCCCACGAAUCAGUGUAUCGUGGGCUGCCGAAUCCAGAAUGUGAAGCUACCCGAGGUCCGGUGACAGUCUGUUGAGUGGCGAGUUGAGGCGACGGCUGCGCAUGUGGCGAGGUGGUAUUGUGAGUCAACGUGAUAGAUGUACCGGGUCGUUCCCGUCUGGGGCAUCAAGAUAGAGAACUGGGCAUGUUCAAGAAGGAGAACGACUCCUGUCGCUGCUGGGGGUCGGAAUCAAACUAGUGUUAUCUUGAGGAAAAUCCUUGAGGCUCACCAAUAGGACUGGUCCAGGCAGCUGUCACGGUCACUGCGGCCAUUACAGAAAUGCUGUAUGUAGACGGGUUCCAACUUCACGGUUGCCACCGAUACCAGACUUGACGAACAGAAUAGGAGAGGCCCGGCUGUCGCAACCAAGGGCGGGGAUCCAUCUCGACCGGAGCGCCCACAGUUUGCCCCUCGUCGCGUACCGUUCCUGAGGGCGCGCGUGUGGGCGGCCCACACCAGCAUGUGAGCCGACCCUCUCUUCAAGGAGAUGCUGCAGAUCUACCUCCCCGAUCGGGAUGGCUGCCACAUGGUCGGAUGUUCUGGAGGCUGUAGUGGCUUUCUUCCAAGAUUGCGAUUUGGUGAUGUGCGGCUUGAUACCUUCCUAUGUGGACGUAGGCUCCUGGUCCGUAUGUUGCUUGCUCAACCAUUGUUUGUGUGCGUAGUGUGAACUCUACUCAGGGCUCGUACACCGAAGUGCUUGAAGUAUGGUCAGUUGUCAACAUUCCCUCUUGAUUGCGGCCGGCAUGCCGUCAGCUUGG